AUGCUUGAAGAUUUUUGCCAUCAGCAUCAAGGUCCAACAGUAAUAUUAUGUGACAAUGUUUCUGAUAUUAAGUUGUCAAGGAAUCCAGUUAUGCUUGGAAGAAGCAAAUAUAUUGAUGUUCGUUACCAUUUCUUGCGUGAUCUGUGCAAAGAUGGUGUAAUUGAGUUAGAAUUCUACAAAAGUGAAGACCAAGCAGCUGAUAUCAGUUAA